AUGAAGGGCACCGUGGCGGCGGCUGUCGUGGUGGCGGCACUGGCCGUGGCGUUACUGGCAGAGGUAGGGCACGGCGCGCUGACCUGCGUCGAGGUGGACGCCAACCUGCUCCCGUGCGCGGAGUACGUGACCGGCAAGGGGGCGGCGCCGCCCGCCCUGUGCUGCCAAGGCGUGAAGCGCAUCAGGUCGCUGCCGGCGGGGACGGCGGAGCGGCGGUUCGUCUGCGAGUGCAUCAAGAGCGCAGCGGCGCGGUUCGACGGGCUCAAGAGCGACAUCGCGCGCGACCUCCCGGCGGCGUGCGGCUCGCCCCUGCCGUUCCCUCUCGCCCUCGACUUCGACUGCAACACCAUCCCGAGAGCAUGA